AUUGGAUGGGCGGGGUUCGGUCCAGAUUCAUUUACCAAUAGGAUUCAUAUCUCCUUCCUCUGACCUACUGUAACCCGGCCAGCGUCAGCUAGUUACUGUAGCUAGCUGACUAGAUAUGUUUUUUGAAUACACUUCGGGUGGUGUUUUAUAAAAUGGAAGAGCCGUGGGAUUUUGAGUUUUUGUCCCGCAUCGUAGACGGGUUUGUCUCGUUUCUUUCAGAAUUUGUGGAUGAUUGGUUGGCGAAUGAUAUGAGAGUGUCCAUUUUCAAGAUAUUGUUAAGCUGGCUUGUUGUCAGUCUCAUUGCCAUUCACUUUGCUUGGAGAGUUUACGGAAACACUGUAAACGAUAUGUACUACCGACAAGGUACUGGUGGUCAGAAUGGAGGUACACCUGACUCUGCGCCUCUCCGGAGCGGAUGGUAGGUGUUCAAGCUACCAUGUGUUCCCUCCAGGGGGAGUGCGGCAGGAGACAACCUGAAGACGCAUCGCGAGUGAAAAACAGGCAAUAAGUUGGACUACAUGCAACUUGCCCUUGCUAUUCAGAAAGUGUUGCUAAGUGGACACAGACUUGAUAACAUUGUGCCUUUUCAUGUGGCUGGAGUUCAUUGACAAAGGCCUGCGGACUUACUCAGAGCUGAAGACUUUUCCCUGUUGGACUAACAAGCUGAAGUAAUAUCCAGUUAUCCACACUAUGAUAUGCUAUUAUAUUCUUUCAUGUAAUUUCAUUUUAAAUACAAUGUUUUAAAAUCUA